ACUUCUGAGCUUCAGGGAACAUUUAUAGAAUCCAGGCUCCUCUUUUUCCAUUCAUAAGUGGAAAAGGAGGCACUGUCAGAGAACAUGCGAUAAAGCUCGCACUGAUAUUAGAUCUGUGUAGUAUGCUCAUUACGAUUAGUCAGUGUUCGACCGUCAGCGAGAGAACAUCUCAGUUCGGACUGUAAAGAUAUGGAUCAACGGUUGCGCCGUCUGGGACCGCAUUUCCAAAGAGCUCUAUGAGGUGCCUUGUAUCCAGCCUCUACGCUUACGUAACAAGGUUACCAGUUCCCAGUCCCUGCCGAGUGCAAGCUUUGAUCACCGGUCAGUUGAGGAUCUUCCGUAAUGUAAUCAAACAUUUUUGGCUCGUUUCUUGGCCUUUUUGGGACUACAGGCUCGAAACUCUGUUGCUUUGUAACCCAAGGUGUUCCAAGAUGAGUGCUGCACCGUUUACAGUGGAGAUGAUCUUUGUGUUUCUUCUGACAUUGUGUCUUCUUCAUCAGUAUGGAAAUUGGCGAAAGCAACAUUGGCUGGUGACCAUAGCAGUCUUCAUUGCUUGGUAUUUCUCAUUCCUAAUUGUUUUCAUCCUUCCUUUAGAUGUUUCAGCGACGUUCUACAGAAAAUGUUUGAAAGAUGCUCAAGUGAACUCACGACAUAAGAGAGAGAUUUUGUCGAACACUUCUUCAAAUUUCUCGGAGAGUAACUCAAGCCAGACUACUUCGUCAAACUGCGAGAAACCCUGGAGUUAUUUACGGGAACAUGUUCUUCCAGAUCUUUGGCGGGUAGUUUACUGGUCUUCUCAGAUACUUUCUUGGUUUAUCCUUCCUAUUAUGCAGUCCUACUCAUAUGCGGGUGACUUUACUGUGCGGGGUAAAAUCAAAACAGCACUGUAUGAGAAUGCACUAUGGUAUGGCAGCUAUCUCGUCAUCUUUGGUAUCCUUCUGAUCUACGUUAUUGUGAAGCCUGAACUACAUUUAGAUGGAACAUAUUUGAAAAUCAUUGGAAUCACUGCAUCUAACACUUGGGGAUUGUUGCUUCUGGUGUUCCUUAUGGGGUAUGGUUUGGUAGAAGUGCCACGCACUACAUGGAACACUGCUCGGCUGGAGUUCCAGAUGGCUCAUGCUUACUUCAAAAUAUCAAAACUUAGUGUGGAAAGGGAAGAGGCGGAGGAACAAUUGUCAGAAGUAUUGGAGGAAGUAAGUCGGGCAUCAGAAGUUUUACGUUACAGACAUCCCCUUAGAAAGCACCUUGAAGUUAUCAUUAAGAAGUUCCCAGAAUCUUCGCAGUCCAAUUUUAACAGAGGAACUGAUGACUAUGUUGAUUACGAGGAUUACCUGAAGGAGACUGGGAGUAGAAUCACUGAGACCUACACAGAGAAAAGCUUAGCAAAACUUCACAAGAGGGUGAUUACCAUCACUCACACAUGGAAACGCACACAAUGGUGAGCAGAUAGAUAAUUUAAUUAACAAUAUUAUU